UGUGCGCUAAUGAGGCUGCAGUGAUGGGCACUGAUAGGCUGCACUGCCACAUCAAUGCCACAUAUCAGUGCCUACCAGUGCACAUCAAUGCCACAUAUCAUUACCCAUCUGAGCUGCCUUUCAGUGUCACCCAUUAAUGCCAAUCAGUGCUGCCAAUCAGUGCCACCUAUCAGUGCCGGUCAGUGCCGCCUACCAGUGCCAGUCAGUGCCACCUAUCAGUACCAGUCAGUUCCAACUAUCAAUGCCAAUCAGUGCCAC